AUGGCAUCCCAAUCCCCUCUCUACAUCGGGUUCGACCUCUCAACCCAACAACUCAAAGGUCUAGUCGUCAACUCCGAGCUCAAAGUCGAAUACAUUGCCAAAUUCGACUUCGAUGCCGACUCCACCGGCUUCCUGAUCAAAAAGGGCGUAAUGACCAAUGAAGCAGAGCAUGAAGUCUUCGCCCCGGUCGCGCUGUGGCUGCAGGCGAUGGAUACCGUGUUGGAGAGUCUGCGCAAGCAAGGGCUGGACUUUAGCCGGGUGAAGGGUAUUAGCGGGGCGGGACAGCAGCACGGUAGUGUUUAUUGGAGUGCGGAGGCGGAGGGGCUGUUGCAGAGUCUUGAUGCGAAGAGGUCGUUGGAGGAGCAGUUGCCGGGUGCUUUUUCGCAUCCGUUUAGUCCUAAUUGGCAGGAUUCGAGUACGCAGAAGGAGUGUGAUGAGUUUGAUGCGGCGCUGGGGAGUCCGGAGGAGUUGGCUCAGGCGACGGGGAGCAAAGCUCAUCAUAGAUUCACAGGUCCUCAGAUCCUUCGAUUCACGAGGAAAUAUCCAGAAGUGUAUCAGAAGACGGCGAGAAUCUCGCUGGUCUCUUCCUUCAUGGCUUCCCUCUUCCUGGGCCAUGUCGCACCCUUUGAUAUCUCCGACGUAUGCGGUAUGAACCUGUGGAAUAUCAAGCAGGGCGCCUACGACGAACAAAUCCUCAAGCUGUGCUCUGGCAAGUUCGACGUCGAAGAUCUAAAGAAGAAGCUAGGCAAGGUCUAUGAAGACGGAGGACUACACCUGGGCCAAGUCCACCGGUACUACCAACAGCGCUACGGCUUCAGCGCAGACUGCACCGUCAUCCCCGCCACAGGCGAUAACCCAGCAACCAUCCUCGCACUACCACUGCGCCCAUCCGACGCCAUGGUAUCCCUGGGUACAUCAACGACCUUCCUCAUGUCCACACCCAACUACAUGCCCGACCCGGCCACCCACUUCUUCAACCACCCGACCACGGCCGGUCUAUACAUGUUCAUGCUCUGCUACAAGAACGGUGGUCUGGCCCGUGAACACGUCCGCGACGCAAUCAACGACAGUCUAAACGACACACCCACCAAUCCAUGGUCCAACUUCGACGAAAAAGCCCUCUCCACACCACCAAUGGGCCAAACAUCCCCCACAGACGCCAUGAAACUAGGCCUUUUCUUCCCCCGCCCCGAAAUCGUCCCCAACCUCCACGCCGGCCAAUGGCGCUUCACAUACAACCCAACCACAGGUUCCCUAACCGAAACAACCUCCACCUGGAAAACACCCCAAGACGAAGCCCGCGCCAUUAUCGAAAGCCAAAUGCUCUCCCUCCGCCUUCGCUCGCGCGGCCUCACCCAAAGCCCCGGCGGUAACCUCCCACCCCAACCGCGCCGCGUGUAUCUCGUCGGCGGCGGGUCCAAAAACAAAGCCAUCGCGAAGAUUGCGGGUGAAAUCCUCGGCGGCGCAGAGGGCGUGUUCAAGCUUGAUAUUGGCGAUAAUGCGUGCGCGCUUGGUGCGGCUUAUAAGGCUGUUUGGGGUAUUGAACGGGCUGAGGGUCAGACGUUUGAGAAUUUGAUUGGGGAGCGCUGGAGGGAGGAGGAGUUUGUGGAGAAGAUUGCGGAGGGGUAUCAGGAGGGUGUGUUUGAGUUGUAUGGGAAGGCGGUUGAGGGGUUUGAGGCUAUGGAGAAGAGGGUUUUGGAGGGGGUUGCGAGGACUUAA